AUGACUCAGCUAAGGUUUCUGAUUGUUUUGGGAUGCCUGAUUCUGUCAAUUUUAACAACGUUCAAAGAGCAUGAGAAAGAUUCGGCUCACUGGCUGGUGAUUCUGGAGACAUUUACAAUCUUUAUUUUUGGAGGCGAGUUUGCAUUGAGGAUAUGGGCCGCCGGCUGCUGCUGUCGAUAUAAGGGCUGGAGAGGACGGCUCAAAUUCGCCCGCAAACCGCUGUGUGUCUUGGAUAUCUUUGUACUGAUUGCUUCGGUGCCAGUGGUUGCUGUACGAAACCAGGGAAAUGUGUUGGCCACGUCGCUGCGCAGUCUGCGCUUCUUGCAGAUCCUUCGAAUGCUACGAAUGGACCGCCGCGGAGGUACCUGGAAACUGCUGGGAUCUGCAAUAUACACACACAGCAAGGAACUGAUUACAGCGUGGUACAUCGGCUUCCUGUCAUUGAUCCUGGCUUCUUUCCUGGUGUACCUGGUUGAGAAGGAUGAUGUCACGGUAGAGCCAUCAUACAGCGAGGGCCCCUCAACAACACCAGCCCCACAGGACUUUGACACCUAUGCAGACGCCCUCUGGUGGGGACUGAUCACCUUGACAACCAUCGGUUACGGUGACAAGACCCCAAAGACGUGGGCAGGGCGUCUUCUGGCCGGGACCUUCGCUCUUAUUGGUGUGUCGUUUUUUGCUCUUCCAGCAGGUAUUCUCGGUUCUGGGUUGGCUCUGAAAGUUCAGGAACAGCACAGACAGAAACACUUUGAGAAACGCAGAAAUCCUGCAGCUUCAUUAAUACAGGCUGCAUGGAGAUACUACUCCACCAACCCCGUCAGAGACGAUCUCAUCGCCACAUGGAGAUUCUAUGAAACUGUGAUCUCUCUGCCAUGCUUCAGGAAGGAGCCUCUUGAGGUUAUGGCUAGUCAGAAGUUGAGUUUGUUGGAACGUGUGCGGCUGUCGACCCCGAGACCGUCGACGGUCAGGGCUCGUGUGAUGAUGCCUGCUGCCAAUCCUGAAAGUGUGUCAGGGAACUGCGGGCCAGCCGAGGUGGUUGAGGAGAGUCCAUCAAAAGAGGGCAAACCAGCAGGGUUCAGUAACAGAGAGAGAUUCCGAACUGCUUUCAGAAUGAAGGCCUAUGCCCUGAGACAGAGCUCUGAGGAUACAGGAGGUCUGCCUGACCCCACUCCUGAGGAGAGGGGCUUCCCGCCAGAUAUACUGCUGGAGGAGAUGAUUCCAACUCUCAAAUUAGUCAUAAGAGCGCUGCGGAUCAUAAUAUUCCUUUUGAGUAAGAAGCGUUUUAAGGAGACUCUGAGGCCGUAUGAUGUCAAGGAUGUGAUUGAGCAGUAUUCUGCAGGACACCUGGACAUGCUCACCAGAAUCAAAUAUCUACAGACACGACUAGAUCUGAUACUGACACCAGGACCACCUCUCACUCCAAAACACAAGAAACCCCAGAAAGCACCAUUUCCGUACCCCACCCAGCAGUCACCUAGACACGAGUCCUAUCUUCCCAAAGCAAGCCUGCCAGAUCCCGAAGACCAAAGCAUGAUGGGUAGAUUUGUGCGAGUUGAGAGACAGGUGGAAGACAUGGAGAAGAAACUGGAUUUCCUGGUGGACAUGCAUAUGCAACCCGACCUCACAGGCCCCGGCCACAUGACCAUAGAGCGCUGCGACCCCACGUUGACCGUCAGCGUCGCAGGCGACCGCGUGUACUGCAGCUACGGCCCACCGCCGAACAACACACCGCAUUACACACGCUCCGACGCCAACCCGCCCAGACCGACCGUCCUGCCCAUCAGCCCACUGCCAAGCCACUCCCCGUCCUCCAACGUCAGCCAGUCGGGAGGCCGCAGGGUGGGAACGCCACUGUCGCUGUUGUCGGUCACUCACGAGGAGCUGGAACGCUCGCCCAGCGGAUUCAGCAUCUCUGCCGAGAAAGAGGAGGUCACGGGCAAGGCCUCAGGGUUAACAGCGGGGUCGAGCUGGGGCUGCGACCGGCGCUAUUUAGCCGAGGGCGAGACGGAUACAGACACUGAUCCCUUCACCCCCAGCGGACCUGUUCCACCCUCAUCCACCGGAGACGGGUUCCACUCCGAUGGAGCGUGGGGAACACCACCCUAAAGACGCACUCACACACACUCACUCACUCACUCUUUCUAAAGACUAGACUCUGUACAGCACAACACGACACAGACAUAAUACUCGUCAUAUCUAAAUAUGUAUCCACGUCACGCUUUACCCCUGCAAAGCAAAGAGCACUGCAUGGAAUGCAUGCGUUUUAUCUCUAGUGGUAGA